CAGAUGGAUGCUGUUGGGGCAUGCUGUCCGGCUUAUUUGAUUGGUUGACUCACUUUCGACUCUGAUUGGCUCCGCGUGGCCACAAGGCAACCGGCCUGUGCACAUGUGGCAUGUCGUCCGUAAACCGACAUUCGCGUUAGAAUUCUCGCGUGGUGUGCGUCGGGCGUUGCUCACGCGUCGCUUUCGCUGUUGACGUGGUAUCUGACCAAAUCUGGAAUAUUUACCCGUCGGAUCGAGUUCGCCCGGACAUUAUGAUUACGGAUUUCCGAUUGGAAAGGCAACCAUUUCCAUACAUUGAUCAUCGUCCACCACGAGCAAAUGAGUCUAAUUCGAUCGGUACGGUUGAACUUGGACGAACGAAUUUCACGCUAGCUGACACGGGAGAUGCUGCAACAUUUUACUCACCACCAGGCGUUCGUAAAGCUAAAUUUCAGUCCACUACUUUACCCACCUGUCGUGCCGGCGAUGCAUGGGACGUGCGCUUCACAAUUCCUCGUCUUGACAAAUCCACGGCGGAUAGCUCAAUGAUCAUCGAAGACAACUGGAGCCCCGCUCUGUCUUGUCCAGUUUCCACUUUUUUCAGAAAUAGGCAUUCCGAAUUUGGUUUGCAAAACAACCGUGCUUCGGACGCAUCCUCCUUGCGUGUUAACUCCACGAUUCUAUCCCGAUCCUCAUCACUCUCUACGCACCGAUCAGAUGACUUUGUCAGUUUGGAAGAUCAUUACAUACGUUCACUGUUUGACAGACAAGCUCAACUGAAAUCACAGCUUGGUCGUCUGAACAACGAGUUGCUGGAGCUGUUACAUGAAGAGUGGAAAAUAACCGGCGUCGUUCCAGAGGGCUAUGAUGAACUACGGAUCACCACCGGACAACCUACACAACCACUGAAGACCACUUCGUUUCCACUGCCCCGAACCAUCAUUCAACGUGCCAAUACGUUUUCGCGAGACGGAUGUAAGGACACUAACAUCCCAAGGCGGAACACCUCUACUAUAUCCCAGUAUUCCACGCAUACUUCACCUCUUCCUUCUGUGAAGUGCCACCGGGACACAUUUCCUCAAUUAACUUGCGGUGAGAACCUUCCCGGUAGGAGCUAUUCUCUUGGAAAGGGCACACAUGAGACCUCGGCUUCUCCCACUAACAUGCGUAUUACCUCUCCGAAACAUGAAUAUAGAUAUACAUCCGUCCGUAUUCCAGAUGAAACCGGAGCAGAUGAUGAAUCGUGGCGGAACGACCAAGAGUUCAACUCUGAUGUGUUUCAAUCUAACGAGGAAAAACUUUCAUCCAACGGUAACACCAUCGUAUCAACUGAAUAUACAAAUACUUGCAGUGAGCAGACAACACCCCAUAUCCAUAAUGAUCACCCUACACCCACACCUCUACCAGAACCGGAUGAAGAGGAUGUUGACAUCAGACAAGCGUUCAUCGAACUUCAAUUACGCCGUCUGGAGGUCGAUUAUGCUGUCAUAUCAGAGCUCUAUACGGUUCACAAAAAACGCGCUGCCGAGACCAAGCGUGAGGCCUACCGAAUCGCCUAUAGGACAAACUUGCAGAAGCUGAAAGAAAUACAUAUACAAAUGGAGCAGCUUCGAGCGAAACUUGGAGAGGAUCACCAGUCUUCCAUUUCUCAAAUCACACCAAGGCAGCACAGACGGACAUGGAAGCCGCUUUACUAUAAAGCACGCAACUGGACAAGAGGGCCACUCUCUAGACCGAUUUCCCGCACUUGUUCUCCGCUGGAAUGCGCUAGGCAGCCGAUGGGUUCUGUGCCACGGGCAUCCAAUACGUCUUGCCCGUCACCCACAUUAUUCAAAGCACCAGCAAGUCCGACCAGUGGGUCCUGUGCUUCCCGUGAUACGUCUUCACGUCUUGCGCCAGAUGCUAGCUCUGAAUGUGGAACGGAAUCAAGUCGGCUGAAGGUACUCAAACGUGUUCGGCGACCUACGUUACUCCCGCUACUCCAUUUCUUCCAUUCCGGGAGCGGAAUGUCGCACUCGGAGGUCUUAACGCAUGAUAAAGCAAAUACUACCAGCGUUCCGCAAACGGCUCACUUGGUACCCCGCGGUGAUGCAACAGUGAUAGAACAGGAGGUCCUCACUUCUGUAAAGCCAAUCAUACGCGAACCUUCAAAAAGUUUGAAGCUGGAUUGCAAUGGAUUUCAGAGAGAAAAGACGGAGUACCAGCCUUCGCCUCGUAUCGAAGAAUACAACGAAUUUCUUUGGCCCAACUCACUGAAUGCCACUCCUGUGAACCCCGAAGCGAGGGAAGAAGCUCGUUCCACCAUAUCUUUUCACGGAUCUUCUACUUCUCCAGGAUACCGAGAGCAUGGCCUACCUGAAAGCUCCUCGUCCCUGAAAUACCCCGACAAACUGAAACGCAGGCUCAAACGAAUACGAUCCCUAUCAAGUAUGGUGGAAGGGGUUUGUCUUGAUGACAGUCCCACCAGCGAACUGAGGAAUACCAGAAGAUCACCUCCGAAGCUGCUACAACGCUGUUACUCUUGGUCAACCCUGAACUUUUGGCUUUCUCGUAAUUCGCAGCCGGAACAACGACUGCUUGCCGGUGAUUGUCGCGUUAGAUACCCCUGUGGCAUACCGACACAAAUGAGCGAGGGCUCCGUGGAUCCAUCUAGACUUUGUUCGCCGCAUCAGACUGGCCGCUUCGCUUCUACAUUCCCUUCGGGCAAUUUUCAAGCCCAGAAGCAGUCCCGGAAUGCAGCAACUUCCUCGAACACGUCCUCUUCUAACUGGUCUACAUCAGGAUGUUCAUGUAUGUCGUCCCAAAUGGGUGAUUCUGGCUGCGAAAUAUCUUCCAAAGAACCGAGCUCAGAUCUGACAAUUCCAUCCAGUUCUUCUCGUCUCACAGUUGAGCGUACAUAUUACGAUUCGGCAACCAGCCAGAUGAAUUCGUCAAUCAAGCUUCGGCAGCUUCCGAACCGUCGGCAACCAAUUCGUUUGAAAGACGUCAGAGGGCGUGUUCCUUUCAUAGAAGAAGAGUCCGGUUCACCAUAUGGGACGUCUCUACGGGUCAGAUGUAUAUGCAGCUGUCUUUCAGAACAUGGAGAUCAGCCUUGGGAUACCAAGAGUUGCAUGCACAAUCCAACGCGUCCUUGUAGUUACUACUCCCCAAAAAAUCUUGAAGCGGAUGACGGGGUUUCCCUGAGUGAUUGCUGCCACAACUUUGUGAACAUGGAUCCAGAUACAACCCCGCCACCAGAAGAAUUCAUUCCCAGAUCGUUUGAUAAUGGCGAGACUACUCUUACCACUUCUUCAUGUCGAUCCUCUUCUCUUUCUCCAACUUCCCAUCUGACUCGCGAUUCACAAGUACCAACCGAUCGCAUCAAAGAAAAGACUGCAACCGUUGAUUUGUCCUCUGUUCAGGACUUGAAGCGAUCAAACCUCCGACGUUCUGGACUAAGAUCGUUUUCACUCCUCAAGCAGACCGUUUCUCGCAUGGCCUCGGAUAAGCGAACUACACUUGUGCUAAAUGUUAACCACACGCGUAGAUAUUCGCUGACGAAUACCAAGUUGCCGACUCCUAAUUUGAGUAAGCGGAAAUCGGGAGUUUUCAGCACACCUCAAACUCACACCGUUGGUGACGGUUCUGGUAUAAGCCAAGCCAAUCCACUGUCCUUAUCGAUUGAAGAGAAGUCGAAACGCACCGGAAAAUUUACAUGGACCCCCAAGCUUCGGAAUUCAGUUAGAUUGGUCCGCUGGCCCAAAUAACCGUACAAGUUUAUCAUUUUCUCAUCUGUGAUUGACUUUUCCGGUUAAAUCCCCCAGUAGCUCAGAUGUACAUACAUCCUGAUCUUUCAUAGCCACUCGUUGAAGACCGCCCCGUUAGUUCUUUUUCAAUGUAUGUAAUCUGUGUACAAACGGAUACAUUCUGUACACCCGUGUUGCAUCCCCGCGGACGAUUUCCUUGGUCUUCAACGGUUUACAGCUAUUUCGAAUCCCUCUAUGUAUGAUUUCGUUUUUUGAUUCCUCCAGCAGAUUAAAAUCGACCCAUUUUUC